AUGAUUGCUCAGCAAGUGACCAAGACAAAGAACCAAGAAACCUCCUUUGGAAGACAAGUUCUUAGAAUUAUGGGAAGUGGAAUUCAAAAGAUUAAUAUACAGAGCUCUUCAAGAGGAACCUAUGUGGUCACAGUGAUGGGGGACCUAGGCAUCAUCACACUGAUUGGGCUUAGUUCUCACCUGCACACACCCAUAGUGUCAUAUGUUGGCUGUGAUGACAUUGAUCACUAUGUUGCCAUCUGUAAUAUUUUGCUUUACAGUGUCACCAUGUCUUACCAAGUCUGCUCUUGGUUGGUACUUGAGGUAUAUGUGAUGGGCUUCAUUGGUGCCACAGUUCACACAGGUUGCACGCUAAGAGUGAUUUUCUGCAAGGCUAAAAUUAUCAACCAUUACAUCUGUGAUCUUUUUCCACUACUGGAGCUCUCCUGCUCCAGCACAUAUACCAAUGAACCGGUACUUUUUUGCUUCAGUGGGCUCAAUAUUCUUGGACCAGCCUUGGCCAUCCUUGGCUUGUAUAUCUCCAUCAUUGCCAGCAUCCUGAAAAUCCACUCCACUGCUAGCAGGUCCAAAGCCUUCAGCAUAUGCUGCUCUCACAUCUCGGCUGUUUCCAUCUUCUAUGGUUCUCUAGCAUUCAUGUAUCUACAGUCAUCAAAUGUCAGCUCCAUGGACCAAGGCAAAGUGUCUUCUGUGUUUUACACCAUUAUCGUGCCAAUGCUGAACCGCCUAUCUACAGCCUGA